AUGCAAAGUCCACGAGAGAUUUCGUCUGAAAACCAAGGUGCCCUCACUCCCGCGACUGCUCGUUUAGUGGCCAAGCCAGUGGAAGUACCAGAGAAUGGCGCAACACCUCGUCUACUUGAUCCAUCGGCUACUCGCCAGCCCUGGGCUCAUCUCAGCGUCGUCACAGCCAUUAAUCAUGUAGUAAAUGCCGCGGAUCGCUUUCAGUUUGGAGACGUGGCAGCAACGGCACCAAUUCCUACUACUGCACCGACAACAAGCACAGCAUCGUCGAUGCGCUCCGGCUCGGGGUCCAGUCAAGCAACGUUGCCUGCUGGUCUAUUACCGGAACGAUAUACGGCUGAUUUGACACACUGGCAGUCACCUGCUGAUUUACCAGAGAGACGAUUAAUGGUACAACGUAUCAUUGCUAUGACUCGUAGUAAGCGAGUCGAUGCCUCGGCUUGUACUGAUGCACGCACUCCAUCACUCGCCAAGCGCAUUGAGCUGUCACUAUAUUCCCGAGCUGCUUCGUUUCAUGAGUAUCGUGAUUUAAACACAUUACGCCGUCGACUCCAGUCACUCGUGUCACUGAGUUUCCAUGAAGCGGCGGUAUCGCGUCGUCGUGCAGCAGCUCAUGCACUUGGGAAUGCAUCGGUUACUGCAGUCCCUCAACUUGGAAAACGCAAGUGUCGAGCGAUGACACCAUUUGGUGUCUCGAGACUGACGAUCAAACGACCACGACCCGAGUGCAUUGGCUCGACUUCGUCGAAUACACCACGUACAACUGCCCGAUUAAUUGAGGAGGCACCGUUUUUUAUCAUGGACGAAGCUGUAUUGGGUCUUGUGUUCGCGUAUUUACCUGGGCUCGAGACAAUUCGGUGUAUUCAGCUCAACCGUUUCGCCCGUCGUGUGUUACCUCGAUGUGUAUUCAAUCUUGAAGUGGAACUUCGUCAGUUACAACUCGCUUAUGUCUUAUACGCUGCUGCGGUACCAACUCAACCGGCAGCUACGCUGCUAUGCCAGUUCCCGAACUUGACGGGUCUUACUGUGUACAACUCAAUGAAACCGAUGUGUGAUCAGCAAGAAGCGGGGCCAGCAUUGCAUGCUUGGGGCUGUAGUGAGCUGGACAUUUCACACGACAAUGCAGGAGAAGAAGUGGUGCAGCAAUUGGCGGAGGGUAUUGAGCUCGGUGCAUGUCGUCGUCUUACUAGUCUGCGGCUAGUAUCGGUGUUCACCAACACAUGCCGUGGCAAUGCAUUACACCUGUUGUGUGCCGCUUUUGUCAAGGGAUCGUGCCCUAAUUUGCAGGAUUUACUGUUGGGAGGUAACGGUUUCUCGGACGUGGGUACUGUCGAUGUUGCGUGGCUUCUCAAGGUCGGGUCACUUCCGAAACUGGCACGUCUUGAUAUUCGUCGCAACUACAUUGGCGAGUCGGGACUCAAGCGUAUCAUGGCUGCAUUACGUGUUGGCCGUUGUCAGCAGCUUAAGUAUUUAUGCAUGGGUGGUAACAUUAUCACCGACAAUUGCGUUGCACCGGUCGUGGAUUUGUUGUCAAGUGCCCAAUGUCCGCAGAUGCGCUUUCUCGGACUCGAGGAUAACUUUCUGAGUGCACGAGGUGUACAGUGCAUCAUCAAGGCGGCAGUAGCGGGAGGUAUGAUGCCUAAAUUACACCACGUUUCAUGUGAUGGGACACUCGGUAUUGAUGAGACACAGAGUGUUCGAGCUGCCUAA